CAGUUUAGUAAUUGCACGCUUUCACACUCUGAACGCUGGGCCUCUCUAAACACUGAUUGCUAUGCUUAACACGACUGCAUGCCCGAACUUCCUUACUUCCUCUUCCAUUCGUAUCCCGAAUAUCCCACAUGCCAGAAUAACGCCGAGCCACUGGAUUUGCCAACGCCUGUGUUUUUUUACAAUACUGAUGAACACAGCCAUGCAUUGCUGGCAAUGGCUGUUGAGGAGCUGAACUGAUGUUGUGUGCACUGUCUGCUCUUUACAAAUCGUUGGCUGUCAAGAUGUGUGGAUCUAUCUCUGCAAUAUCUCUGCAAGUGUGGGUGACCCUGAUGUUGCUCUCUCGACUACAAGGUAAGGUCCUUGCACCACCUCAUCUGCAGGCGAUGGCUGGACUUCCCUUCAUGCUGGCCUGUAAUAUUACCUUGAAGACAGGAGAGGAACUAAAACAAGUACUUUGGUUAGACAUGGCAAAUAAAACUAUACUACACUAUCAGCCUGAUAAGAAUGACAAUGUCAGCAAAGUGGAUGGAGUCGAGCUUUUGCAGGAACCCACAGGUCAGCAGGCUCACACCAGCGUGAUCACCAUCAGAAGAGCCACGCCAGCCAGCGAGGGCUGCUACCAGUGUGUUUUUGAUGUGUAUCCGUCCGGACAGCAGAGAGGAAGGACGUGUCUUUCACUUACAGGAACGGUGGAAAUGAUGGACAAUAGAACAGUUGUGAGUGGAAACCCUGUUACUCUUUCGUGCAAGUAUACUCUCAGUAAGCAAGUUCGGCAGGUUUUAUGGAAAAAGACAGCUGAGCAAGGGGACACCACCACUGUUGCUUCUUAUGUCAAGAAUGACAAACCCAUCAUUGAGACCCCUUUCAAGGGUCGGAUCAUUCUAAACCCAUCACUUGGGCAAACCAAGCUCUCCAUACAGCAGACUCAGACAGAGGAUGAGGGCUGUUACACCUGCGAGUUUCACACGUAUCCAGAUGGCAUUAAGAGCAAGACCGCUUGUCUGUCCGUUUAUGUCCUACCCGAACCUGAGGCCAGUUAUGUCACCGUAUCAGAGGGCAUUGUUGAGGCGAACUGCUCAGCUGUAUCACGUCCUCCAGCAAAUAUCUCCUGGAACAUGGAGGGUCAAAAUCAAACACUGGGCCCUGCUGUCACAUCAUAUUACCAGCUAGGGGACGGCACCACAAUGGUGGUCCGUUCCAUUCAAAUGCAGGCUGAGCUACUGGACGAUAAACUUGUGAAGUGUGAAGUUCAUCACCAAGGCCUUGAGUCUGCAAUUUAUGUGUUUCUGAAUAAAUAUAGGAACAUCCAUGUCAUUCUCAUCUCAGCCAGCUGUGUGGUCCUUGUGCUGCUCGUAUGUCUGUGUAUCUGCCUGAAGAGGUGUUAACUUUACCUGCUGAGAUGGUCAGUACCACCAAAAAAAUGUCUGUCCACUUUAAAAUUGUGUUUCGCAUUACUUUAAUGCUUAAUCCUGGGGCAUAUUACAUUUUUAUAAUAAUUUACAAAGUCAAUAGAGUUUAAAUAAUGGCUUUCCUCAGUUUUCAGUAUAAGGGUGUACACAUGAAAGAAUGUAGCUGUUUGUAUGCAAGGAAAAGUAAGGAAGAAGAAAAAGGUUACUUUGGGUGAAACUAGGUUGUCAUUUGACACUAAUUUAAUAAAUGAUAAUACAUGUAGUAAAUAUAGCUUUUCAUUUAUAGUUGGGGACAGAAGUAUGUCAGGUCACCACAUUAAAUGUAAAAACACAGAUUAAAUUUCCACAUUUGAAAUAUCGUCAUAGACACAUAAACCAAAUCUAGUCUGUACAAAUACAUUUGCUCUUAUAUCAUGUACAUGUAGAAACCCAUCAGUACAUGUUGAUAUUAUAUAACUAUAUAUAAAAUAUACACAUG